AUGGGAAAGAAAUGGAUCGUGUUCUUUGCUUCUUUGGUCUUGUUUACCAUGUUUUCAAGUUUUUGCUUUGCAGGGAUAACGACAGAAAGUCCUUUGUCAAUAGGACAAACUCUCAGCUCUUCUAAUGGAGUUUAUGAAUUGGGGUUCUUCAGUCUUAACAACUCCCAGAAUCAGUACGUUGGAAUCUGGUUCAAAGGUAUCAUUCCUCGGGUGGUUGUGUGGGUGGCCAAUAGAGAGAACCCUGUUACAGACUCCACGGCAAAUCUAACUAUCAGCAGCAAUGGGAAUCUUCUCUUAUUGGAUGGAAAACGUGGCGUUGUGUGGUCCAUUGGAGUCACUUCUGCAUCUAACGGGUCUCGUGCAGAGCUUUCAGACAGCGGAAAUCUUUUGGUCAUAGACAAUGUUUCAGGAAGAAAUUUAUGGGAAAGCUUUGAGCAUCUUGGGGAUACUCUGCUCCCUUCCUCACCCCUGAUGUACAAUCUUGCCACCGGUGAGAAGCGGGUGUUGACUUCGUGGAAAAGUUACACUGAUCCAUCGCCUGGUGACUUUGUAGCUCAGAUUACACCGCAAGUGCCAACACAGGUGUGUAUUAUGAGAGGGUCGGCGCCUUAUUAUAGAACCGCUCCAUGGGCUAAAAUAAGGUUCACCGGGGUACCGCUAAUGGAUGAAACAUUAGCAAGUCCAUUUAGCUUUCAGCAGGAUGCAAACGGGUCAGGGUCUUUCUCUUAUGUAGACAGGAACUUCAAACUUUCACGUCUAAUUUUAACAUCAGAGGGCCAUCUGAAGAGGUUUCAUCAUAGUGGGACCGACUGGAAAGUAGCCUACGAGGCUCCAGCCAAUUCAUGCGAUUUUUACGGUCUGUGUGGACCUUUUGGGUUGUGUGUUAUGUCAGAACCUCCAAAGUGUAAAUGCUUCAAAGGGUUUGUACCAAAAUCCACUGAGGAGUGGAAAAGAGGAAAUUGGACUAAUGGUUGUGUAAGGCGUAUCAAACUAGAAUGUCAAGCAAACUCUACUGGCAAAGUUGCAAAUGUCUUCCAUCCUGUUGCCAACAUAAAGCCUCCAGACUUAUACGAAUUUGUAAGUUCCGUGGAUGCUAAAGACUGCUACCAAAGAUGCCUCCACAAUUGCUCUUGCUUGGCCUUUGCUUAUAUUCGUGGAAUCGGGUGCUUAAUAUGGAAUCAAGAGCUAAUAGACGUAGUGCAGUUUUCUGCGGGAGGAGAGCUUCUUUCCAUUCGUCUUGCACGCUCUGAACUCGGUGGAAAUAAUCGCAAGAAGACCAUUACUGCUAGUAUUUUGAGCCUUUCCCUUUUUGUGAUAUUGGGUUCUGCUGCUUUUGGUUUCUGGAGAUACAGAGUGAGACAUAACGCUGUUAUAUCAAAGGAAGACUCACAAGAUGCUUGGAGGAAUGGUCUGAAAGGACAAGAUGUCUCAGGUUUAAAUUUCUUUGAGAUGAAUACCAUUCAAACUGCCACCAAUAAUUUCAGUCUCUCAAAUAAACUCGGGCAAGGUGGAUUUGGCACAGUUUACAAGGGAAAGCUGCAAGAUGGGAAAGAAAUUGCCGUAAAACGGCUUUCUAGCAGCUCGGGGCAGGGCAAAGAGGAGUUCAUGAAUGAAAUAGUACUCAUCUCAAAACUACAACACAAAAACUUGGUUCGAAUUUUGGGAUGUUGCAUUGAAGGAGAAGAGAGGCUAUUGAUUUAUGAGUUUAUGAUGAACAAAAGCCUUGAUACUUUUCUCUUCGAUUCAAGAAAAAGGCUUGAGAUUGACUGGCCUAAGAGAUUCAGUAUCAUCCAAGGUGUUGCGCGUGGACUUCACUAUCUCCACCGUGACUCACGCCUUAGGGUCAUUCACCGAGACCUGAAGGUGAGCAAUAUUCUUCUGGAUGAGAAGAUGAACCCAAAAAUAUCAGAUUUUGGAUUGGCUCGGAUGUAUCAGGGAACCGAAUAUCAGGACAACACUCGCAGGGUUGCAGGAACUCUAGGAUAUAUGUCUCCCGAGUAUGCAUGGACUGGGACGUUCUCUGAGAAAUCUGACAUCUAUAGCUUCGGAGUGCUGCUGUUGGAAAUCAUCAGCGGAGAGAAGAUCUCAAGAUUCAGCUAUGGCGAAGAAGGAAAAACUCUUAUUGCUUAUGCGUGGGAAUCUUGGUGUGAAACCGGAGGAGGUGAUCUUUUGGAUAAAGAUGUUGCGGAUUCAUGUAAGCCAUUAGAAGUUCAGAGAUGUGUUCAGAUUGGUUUGCUCUGCGUUCAACACCAACCUGCAGACAGACCCAACACACUUGAGUUGCUGUCUAUGCUCACCACAACAUCAGAUCUUCCAUCACCAAAACAACCCACAUUCGUCGUGCACACGAGAGACGAAAAAUUCGUGUCUAAGGGUUUGAUCACUGUCAGUGAGAUGACACAGUCUUUGAUCCAUGGGCGUUGA